GUCAGAAACAGACGCGCUUUUUCCGUUUACACCGAACGCCACUAGGGGGGUGGGCGGUGUAGCCCCGUGGCGUCGCCAGGAGAAGAGGGGGAGGGGAGGAUGAGCGAGAGUGACAGUGACAAAGUGAAAAAUUUGUUGGGAGUCGGAGUAAGGACAGCGCCCAUGCUGAAAUUGGAUAGGCCUACCUUUUUAUUCUCACAUCGAAACAUCGGACUCUUGUUCUCCGGUCGGAAUAGCGGCGAAUGAAACAUCGGAUCAUUUGGACAUGUACGUAACAACAGCAACUUGAUGUGUCCUAGGAUCUGUGGAAGCCACCCCGCCGUGCUAAGUCCUCCCAGCAUGCAGUAGGGGCGGUCCACCUUAACUCCACAUUUCAUGGCAUCGCCCUCUAAAGGAGCCAGGAUGUUUACAGGUUCUACCAAGAACCCAACCCCUAAAAUACCUCAGCCUGAGAGGCUGGACGAGGUGUACUCUGCACUGAGGAGAGGCCUACAGUCAUUCCUGCAGGUCCACCAGCUGGAGCUGGGCAGCCUGGGGCAGCAGAUAAGAGAGAGCAAGAGAAAUGGCCGUCUGGGGUCUCUGUAUGAGUUGGAUAAGCAAGUGAAGGCUAUAGAGAGAUUUAUGCGUCGCUUGGAGUUCCACCUCAGCAAGGUAGAGGAGCUGUACGAUGCUUACUGUAUGCAGCGUCGGCUGAGGGAUGGGGCCAGCAAGAUGGUGACAGCCUUUAACUCUGCCACAGGGAGCAAGGAGGCACGGGAGAGCCUGAAUGAGGCCAACAGGGGCUACAGGGAGUACACUGAGCACAUGUGUUCGCUGGAGAGUGAACUGGAGAACCAGAUGGGAGAGUUUCACAUCAAGAUGAAAGGUCUGAUUGGCUAUGCACGGUUGUGUGCAGGAGACCAAUAUGAGGUCCUGAUGCGUUACGGGCGUCAGCGCUGGCGGAUGAAAGGUCGUGUGGAGGUCAGCAGUAAACAGGUGUGGGACAGUGAAGACAACGUCUUCCUGCCUCUUAUCACAGAGCUCCUGUCAAUCAAGGUGACUGAGCUGAAGAGCUUGGCCAAUCACGUGGUGGUUGGCAGCGUGUCCUGUGAGACACUAGACCUGUUCUGUCCACUGCCUCAGACGGUUGCUGUGGAUAUCAAUGACUUGGGGACAGUAAAACUGAACCUAGAGGUCAACUGGAGUCCGUUUGAUAAAGAUGACCAGACCUCGUCCUCCAGUACGGUUUCGAAGCGCUUUUUGUCCAAUCAGAGCCCUCCAGACACACCUUCCAUGCGCGAGCAGGUGUUUUAUUAUCUAUUGAGGAGACCAGGGGAGCUGGAGAAUGGUACAGUCUGGUCAAACUCCUCUGAAUCAUCGGACGACUCUUCCAGCCCAGCCAUGGGACACACACACAGGAUGAUGGCCACUCACAGCCUGCAGACCACACCCACUAUCCAGAUCUCCUUCAAUCCCCGCCAAUCAAGCGUCUCUACCCCAUCCCUCUUGUCCAAUCAGGAGGAAGGGGAGCCAGACGCCACCAAGGGAUUUGGCAAAACAGACUCUGUGAAGUGUACACUGCUGAAUGGCCAUUUGAAGUGUUCACGAUCUCUCAGCCAUAUCAGUGAGAGAGCCAUAGACUGUGCUUCGACUAACAGGUUGUCUGACCAAUCAGUUGAGUCCUCUGAAACUCCAGAACCCCUACCCCGCUUAGACCUUGAAGUCUCCUGUGUGGCUUCUCACUGCUCUAACCAGGACAUGCAUGAAGCAUUGGACUUGCAUGAGUCUGGGGGCCCAGAGUCAUGUGUUUCAACCCCAGUGGAUCAAGGUGAUGCUCCUCCAGCCUCAACACUGCAGGCCGAGAAGCCUAGGGCUGGAGUUGAGGCUCUUCCCACAGACUGUGUACUGGGAGAGGGACUGAGGGAGGAAAAGUCCUCCGCGGAACACAUUCACAGACUCCAAUCUACUCAACCACAAGAGCUAACACUACCUGAAGAGACAGUGACUGUGAGUGGUCGAUCUCACAGUCGGUCCUUCAGCUUCACUCAGGAAGUUGAGACUGCCCUGGAGAGCUUUGAUUUUCUCAACUGCUCUGACCUUGAUGAUGAAGAAGAGGAGGAGAAAGAACAAGCAGAAGAGGAAGAAGAUGAACAGAAGAGGGAUGAGAAGGAGAAGGAACAAGAGAAGGAAGACGAGACAAGGGACUUUGCUGAGAGCAGUGAUGAGUGUGAGGACGAUGUUAUAGAAAUCAUUGUCGAGGCCCCUGAAGGCUUCCGGAAUGAGGACUGUCCUCCUCUAGAUGCAGACUGCAGCUCUGAGGAGGAGGAGAGUAGCGAGCAGCUGCAGGCCUCCAGUGAGACAAAGGAAGAGCAAGAGGAAGAAAAAGAGAAGGAGAAAGUGGAAGACAAGAAGGAGGAGGAGCAGGUUACAGAGAUGGACAUCCCUGCCACACAGGAGCAUGGUGAUGAGGCAUCCUGUGUUGAGGAACCCCGCUCCUCGACCCACAGCAGUAUAGCCACCACUGUCCUUUAACAUAAUGGAGAUGCCACUUCUUCAGACCAUUAUCAGAUGCCAUCCUAAAUCCCACCACUCUCUUAAGAGGUCCUUACCAUUUCACCUCUAACAGAUCAAAGAGCUCCACUCCUCUUCUCGAUCAGACAAUACAUUUCUGCCAUGGAGUUAUUAUAGAUCAGACAAGCAAUUUCUGCCAUGGAGUUCUUCUAGAUCAGACAAGCAAUUUAUGCCAUGGAGGUGGAGAUUGCGCAAAUGAACAGAAAUAUAUUUGCCUCCCUCACUCCACUCGUGAUUGAAAACAUGAAUGACUAUUGUUGUCCACUCAUCCAAAGGCCGCGUGUACACACACAGUCACCUUACAGUGAAGAUACAUUUUUAGUCUAAUGGAGCCUCUUCAAUCAGAAAGUGCCUCAAGUUACAGAAAGAGGGAUUGUCAGUUAACGAAUACAUGAAGAAAAUGAUAUUUUUAUUACGAACCAGAGAAGAAUAUGAAUGAGUAUAAAGAAGAGUUUUGAUACAUUGUUUAUUUUCCGGAUGACUUAGAUUGUGCACUAUAAAAGAUACAAUUAUUUACUGUUUCAUAUAAAUAAAUAAUGUUGAGCAAAUA